AUGCCUUCUCGCGAUGUUCCCAAGCAAACUCAAGCGCCGCAAGAACCAGCACAGCAUCAUGGCCAUGCACCAGAAAACAAUACACUAAAACGGAACUACGAAGACACAGAGUACCCCGAUGCUACCGGACGAAAGAUACCUCGGACCGCAGAGUAUGCAGCGAUUGUCGAACGAGAACACAGCGAAGAAGUGUAUGGGGUCGGCUCCGAGGAGAGUGCUACGGGAGAUGAGACAGUUGAAGGGAGUGAAGGAAGCGGAGAGGAGGAGGAGGAGGAGGAAGAAUACUACCAACGCGAAAGUAGCGUCGAAGUCGAGCAAUGCGUCAAUGAGCACGACUCAUCCGAUGAUGAGUCAAAUAAUUGGGAUCCCACGAACGCCAUGAAAAAGGCCGAAGCUAGGCGUGGUCUUUUAUAUUUCGGAAUCUUUCCCAGUCUCGGCAACCCAGAGGGUACUCUAUUCUACGGCAGUUGGGACCAGUGGGUACAACGAUGGCAUGCAGACGCGUUACGCACCGGUAUUUGGAAAGUCCACUUCGGACCCGGGUUUCGCGUGCAAAGGUAA